CCGACGUGGUGAAAAUCCACGCAUCAACAUGGCGAAAACUCCGGGAAGUGGCAAGGGGUCCAAGACACCGCCAUCGCGCAGUCAGAGCAGUAAAAUGGACAACGCGGCGCUCAUAGAGGAGAUCCAGCGCCUCCAGCCACCGCCACAACAGCCGACACAGUGGAGGCGGUGGCUGGGUGCAGCAAUUCUUUUCGUGGCAGUACACUUCGCGCUCGUGGUAAUGCUCUUGCAGGACGCCGAUCCUGGAUAUUACUACUCGAAGCGGUACCCAAACAUUGGGAACAUCGACUUCGCAACAGAUGCCCCGUUCAUGGGAUACCCUCCGAUAGACGUUGUGUACACGUGGGUCAAUGGGUCAGACCCUCGAUGGAAGCGGGAGAAGGAUCACUGGCAUCGCCGAUGGAAGGCGCAGAUUCAAGGUGAAAUCUUUGACGAAACGGACGACUCCGUAGUGUUUGAUGCGUCCGCCGCGGCAACGGAGAAUCGGUUUCGCGACAAUGAAGAGCUGCGAUACUCGCUACGAUCGAUCGAAAUGUACGCGCCGUGGGUGCGCCACGUGUACUUGGUCACGGACGGUCAGAUCCCGAACUGGCUCAACGUCGACUCUCCUCGGCUCACGAUCGUGCCGCAUCGAAGCAUCUUUCUCAACCAGUCGCACCUGCCCGUGUUCUCGUCGCCUGCAAUCGAAGCCAAUUUGGAUAACGUCCCUGGGCUGUCGUCGCACUUUUUGUAUUUCAACGACGACGUGUUUCUCGGCGCCCCAGUCACGCCAGAAGAUUUCAUCUCGCCUUCGGGCAUCCAAAACAUCUACUUGUCUUGGGAAGUGCCGGAAUGCAACCGUGGGUGCAGAGAAUCGAUGCUCGCCAACAACGUGUGCGAUCCCUUGUGCAACACGACUGCGUGCGCGUUUGACAUGGGCGACUGUGGCUGCCACGAAAUUCCCACCUCCGACCCGCUAGUCUACGACGUCCUCUGCACACCUCCACCGCCGACAGAAGACGCCACCGACGAAGCGUCGAGCACCGCUACACCCGCCGUCGAGCCGGAAGUGACGGCAAAUCCGGUCCACUGCGUCGACGGGUGUUCGUGGACGUGGAUCGGCGACGGAGCGUGCGAUGUGUUGUGCAACGUCAGCCAGUGCGCAUUUGACGCGGGCGACUGCUCCUUGCGUGCGCUGCAAGACCUCCCGACGCUCAACCUGACGACGGAGUCCCCCAACACGACGUUCGGCGUGUACGUGCCUUUGCCAUCCAACGCGCUUGUCGUACACUUGCCCACGCCGUUCUUCGAAUACCUCGAUCGGUCAACUCUAGUCGGCACGGACCUCGUCCGCCACGCCGUCCUUCUCGAGCAAAACAUGACUCUUGUGCUAGUGUUUGCCAGGGACGACACGACGGGCUCCCCAACGAACGGCGCUGUCAUCUCUGUCGAAGGCGAGCUGGCCGACGAGUCGACGGCGGUGUGGACGUUGCAUGUGCUCCGCGGAGAUCGCCCGAUGAAUCACGACGGCGCCUUCACCGUGCUCUCAUCAGACUUGGAAGAUGUGCAAAUCUCACGUCGCCCCCACGCGAACCUGCCGGCACUGGUGGAUUUGCAGGUCGCAUUGCCGUACCACGCGGUGCCAGAUUGGUCCAUGUCGCUGUUCGUGACGAACACGCUCGAGCCGACGAUGUCGAGCAUUUGCCCACCGAUUCGACCGGAACCAAAUGUUGCAGCGCGGCCUGAAGGUGAGCUUCCUGUCGACCCGACGGCCGUCCAUUGUGUGUUGGAUGAUCGCUACGUCAUCGUGGAGUGGCAAUGGAAUGCCACGUCCGACAACGGAUCGUUUCUCAGCGGUGAGAUAUGCACAUUCAACGGACAGAUAAAGUCGUGUGCGCUUGCGGUGUUGUCACUGGAAGGCGGAGUGCAAUGGGUCUCGAUCCCGCCUCCACGCAAGGCCGCCCUGCCGUCGAUCGAGUGGACGGGGGAAUGGGAUUCAUAUGAUGAUUGCGACGUGCUCGACUGGUUUUACGGGACUGCGGGCGUUUUGCGUGGCCAGUGUUCUUUCGUGCCCAACACGAGCGACGCGUCGCCGUUCUUGCCACCGGUUCCACCAGACGUCCCGGCGGUCGAUCCAGACGUCACGAAGAAGGCGAAGGCGAUGUGCUCCAGCAUUGCCCGGCGCUUGAAAGCCCGAGCAGACGAAGAUGCUUCGUCGUCGUGGGUGUUGUCCAAGAUUCGAGACGGGUGGUUGGCAAUCAUGGCGCUUUUGCGAGUGAACACGUUGGAAUCGAUGGACGUGCCGAGGCAUCACAUGCUGUCGACGGACGACGUGGCAGCGUGCGAAGCGUACUUUGCGUCGAACCCGGUGGAGCUGCCGUCGUUGCCGAAAGACGACCACGCGGCAUCAUCGACGGACACGUUUGGCGACUCGCUUCGUUUUGUGAACAAGCUGUACAACGCCAAGUUUGGCAAAAUCGACGGCCCGUUCCGUCGGCGGGUGCCGUCGCACAUGCCGCACUUCAUUCAGAAGCACGUGCUCACUGAAAUGAAGAGUCAGUGGGCGGCAGAGUUCAACGCGACGUCGAGCCACCGCUUCCGCCACCCCCAGGACAUGCAAUUCAGCUUUUCGUACAUGUACUAUGUCGUGAACCGGCACAAGGUGCAUCCGCCGACGAUUGAAGAGAUCUUUGCCACGUACAUCGACGUGAAUCACGACGGCAUGAUUGACGAGCACGAAGCAUUGAGUGUUGCGUCGCUGCUGACCACAGGUUUGUGAUUCCCACGGCACGGAAUGAAAUGAUGGCGUCGUGGGGUAGCCGAACACCCGUCCGAGGCCGACAUUGCCGACGUCAAGGCGUGCAUUACGCCCAACACGACCGAAACCAAGCGCGAGGAAGUGCGACGGGAUGGCAAGGUCACCGUCAUCGAGACAAUUCAGCCACAUUUGACGCUCGACAGUCUGCGCGCGUGUGAGAACGUCACGUCGCGGUUGAUUGAGACCGCGACGAAGCGAUUGCCGCCGACGCACGCCAUGAUGUCGGAGAAGCAGGUGACGUUUCAUAUGCUGAGCGAUCAAUAUCGCACCGCGUGGAACCAACUGCUCAACACGCGGGCAAAACGAACGAAGUUCAUCUGCAUCAACGACGACAUGAAGUUCCCUUCCGUGGCGGUCGGUAACAUUUUGAACGAUUUGUUCACGUCGCUGUGGCCGCACCGGUCGCAAUUUGAGCUACCGUACCACUUGAAGAACCGAUUUGGACAUGUCGACGACCUGGCUGCAGCCGUGCACACGCAGCGACUGGUGCUUGGACUCGUCGUUGCUGCCAUCGUUGUCAUUAUCGUCUUGUACGUGUGCGAUCCUCGACAGGAGAGGAGCGGCUUCGAGGCGAAUCCUCGGGCAAACGACGACGCCAUUGGCGAGGGCCACAUGUAAUUCACGAUAUUAGACGUUUGUGUGCACCAA